CGAGUGGCCACCAGCACUACGUAUUGGUAUCACGACAAAAGGGACAAGAAACGCACCAUGUCGUCCCCAUUCAUACUGCGAUUGGCGGGAAGCACGGCCGCUAGGAGAAGUUUGGCGGCUUCCUCUGUACACGCCGGUUCCUCUUUUCAACUCCAGGCGUCAACGCUGGAAUUUCCGUGCCGGCCCGAAACAAAUACGGCUGCAGCCACGUCCAGUCCAAUCGCAGAACAGCGUCGUUCGUUUUGGAUGGACGUCGUGCGGAUCAAAAAGCAGUCGCCGCGUCGAUCUUUCAAAGACAAGAACGACGGGAGCAGCAGCAGCAACCAGAAGAUGGCCCACGAAGACCCAGAAAUGGUGGUCCGACGCCACACAGACGAGGUUCGGGCCGAUGGAGAGAACCUGCUGGACCUCAUGUUCUACAACGACCGCCACGAAAAGGCGUGGAUGAAACGCAAGCGGAUGCAAAACCUUAGGAGAUACGAAUUCGACAAGAAACACGUGACGGAUCUGGCCAAGUACAUUGCCUUUGUUCAGGAUUAUGGUGAUGAAAACGAUGACAAGGAUGGCGAUGGAUCCAAAAAAUCAAAAAAGAAAUAGAAAUAAUUAUUACUGCUGAAACAACUGAACGGACGAAUUAACUAAGAAACCAAGG